UUCUUUUUAAAUCUCUCCCUCCUCUUCCUCUCCGACGACGUACGACGUAAUCAGAUUACUCGAGCCGUCUUGUUCUCUUUUUCCCUCAUUCGACAAGCCUCUACACGAAGCCCAAUCAUCUCAUCUCACUCCUCCCCGAACGCCCCAUCACCCCGAUUGCCUCGAUUACCCCUGAAUCCAGAUACCAACCCCUCAUCCACCAUGGCAAACACGGUCUAUGUCAUCACGGGCACCAACAAGGGCAUCGGUCUCGGCAUGGUCAAGGCCCUCAUCGCCCGACCAUCUACGACUGUCGUUGCGUCGGUUCGCAGUGACCAAGCCGCUGCGUCGUUGAAAUCCUCCGUCGAGGACGUGGCCAAGGGCGACAAAUCCGAGCUUCACAUCAUGCUCCUGGAUUUCACCAAGGCUCCCGAGCCGGCCAAAGUUCUGGAGGCCUUCAACGCUGCUACCUCUGGCACAGUCGAUCGCAUCGACGUCGUCGUCAGUAACGCCGCCGCGGCUUCCCCGGGAACGCCAUCUCUGGCCAUCUCCAGCGAAGACCUGCGGAACGCAUUCGAGAUCAACACCAUCGCCCCCCUCAUGGUCUUCCAGGGCCUCUGGCCCCUGAUGAGCCAGCCUCGGGCCACGGGUGACGUCCCCGCCAAGUUCAUCGGGAUUACCUCGUCUGUUGGCUCGAUCGAGUCCCAGGAGCCCUUUCCAGGCGGCGCUUAUGGUCCGAGCAAGGCCGCGCUGAACUGGCUGGUCAAGUCACUGCAUAAUCAGCACGAGAACCUGGUCAGCGUAGCCGUUCACCCUGGAUGGGUCCAGACAGAUAUGGGCUACCACGCGGCCAAGGAGUGGAAGUACGACCCCGGUCCCCCCGAGACUGUCGACGACUCCGUCAAGGGGGUUCUCGGCGUGAUUGAUGGGGCCAGCCGAGAGACCACCUCGGGAAAACUCGUAACGCAAACGGGCGAGAUCGUUCCCUGGUAAGGGGGGAAGCUUCAAAGCAAAGGCGAGCAGCACAUCUCUGGGGGCCUGCAACGACUGCCAAUGAUUUCAGGGCAUGGUAAUCUAUACAUUCAUCGGCAUAU